CCUACCUACAUACAGAAUACAUAGAACCCCUGCUUUCACAGCACUGACGUCUUGCUUGCUUUCCCCAGUUCACCAACACUUUGUUUGCGUCUAAUAAAGCUGUGAGUUAUUGAAUAUACCCAUUAAACGGUAAAGGAUCUUCACUUCUAUUCCAUUUAUCGCUGCUAUAUACUUAUUUUUUUUGCUAGGUACCCUGGGUAGAUAAUUUGCAUUUGUCGCCAACUCCCACCCCGUCUUUCAUACCCCGUUGAUGACCUAGUCAUGAUGAGCGAGGAGCCAAGGACCCUAAAGUCUGUCUUCCAGGCUGCCGAGCUGAAGCGGAUAGCUUUGGAAGGCACCUACGAGGCAAACUCACCCACCUAUCACCAGGACCUUGCCGACGCCUUGAAAUUAUAUCAGGAAUGUAUUCAGAUUAUUAAUAAGGCCUCACUAUUUAGUCCCAAUGAAGGGCUUGAGGACAUUGCUACAUCUGACCUCCCUUACCUAUUGGUCAACUAUCGCAUAGCUGAGCUCCUUCAGAAGGUCUCAACACAGUCACCCUCAGAAAGAAAGGCUGUUUUGAAUGCGACCCGGGAAGCGUAUGAAAAGUUUCUACAUCUUCUCGACAACUAUUCGAUAUUAUCCUCAUCGGACAGUAAGCUCUUCGCCGAUUAUAAUGAAGAUCCAUCAGCCUUCUCUACUAUAUCUACCUCAGAUCCGACGGCUCGACGCAACGCCAAAAUUGCCAAUUUCAAAGCAGAAAAGGAGCUUAAGAAGAAGCUAGAGUAUAUGCGAAGCUCUCCACGAUAUCUAGAGGACGGCGGAGAUGAAGAAGCUGUUCGCGAGCUGUAUCUCACGAACGUUGCUUUCUAUACACACAUGACAUUCCAGGGCUUAGAGGGAAUCAAUCGAGAGGCGGAAAUAUUAGCGCAAGCACCAGCCCCUUCAACGUCGCAAGAAGCAACAGGCGAAGAUGACGAGCGGCGGCGUAGAGCAGCGCAUGAUAACGAUGGUUAUUCGGACAGAUUAGACACCCCUCUGAGCACUCUCCUAUCCUCGAGUAAUGGCCCACUUCUCAGUAGAGAGGGAAAGCCUUUAAGGCCAUUCAUGCUCACGUCUAAUCGGGCAGAGCUUCAGAGGGGCGUGUUUCGCCCGGGCCAUAAUCUUCCAACUAUGACUAUUGAUGAGUACCUAGAAGAAGAACGAAGACGAGGGAAUAUCAUUGAAGGUGGCGGAGAAGCUAGCUUUAAUAGGCCUGAACCAGAUGAGGAUAAUAUCGAGAAGGCAGAUGCUGAGACCAUGAAGGCUAGGGAAUGGGAUGAGUUCACAGAGGCCAACCCUAAAGGCAGCGGAAACACCUUGAACAGGGGCUAGGAGGUAGAUAUUAAGAAUAAAGUGAGGGUAUCGUAGUGA